AGAAAUUACACAUUAUUGACCCGGAUCAUUUGUAAUGAACUACGACGAGAACCACACCAAAAAGUGAGGAGGUAUAUUGAUACCAGUAGAUUAUACAAGAGUAAACAUUAUCAUGUUGAUUACAGAUUUGCCACCAGAAGUUUUAUUGAAAAUAUUCUCUUAUCUUCACCAACGAGAUUUGGUACACGGAGUCAGCCUCAUAUGCGAGGUAUGGAAUGAGCUAAGUUUAUGGCCUAGAUUAUGGAAACAUUUGACAUUUAACCUAGCAUACGACGAUCCAGGUCAAUCCUAUACACACUUUGCAAAAAUAAAUAACUUUAUUCAUUCACUUGUGAUACACCCAUCUCUUUUAUAUCAGCUUCUGGGAAACUAUCGUUUUGCAUUUUCCGGCAUUCAACUGUCGAACUUGGAACAUUUACACCUGACAGAUCAAGUGUCUGGUUAUCUUGUUGACACAAUUGUGCAAAACUUAACAUCUAUAAAACAUUUCAAAGCAUAUUUCGAUUCAAAAUUUGACAUGCAACGCUGUCUGAAUAGUUUAGAAGAAUUAAAGAUUAUAUCAAUAGAUUUCGGCUGGUACGGACUGCAAAAUAUAGACAACAAUUUAAUUAAAUUUCUAACAAAACAGAGUUGCCUGAAAAAACUCGUACUAAGAGGAUGGCAAACCUUACGCAGUGAAACAGUAGCUUUGAUUUUGAAUGAUUAUCAUGACAUCGAGCAGUUAUAUUUAUCAAAUUCUCAAAUAUCAAAUGUAAUAGUCAACAGUAAUCUGCCGAUUCCUGGAUUAUCAGACUUCACAAUCCGUUCUACAAUAUUUGAUGAUAUCGGAAUUAGCCAGUUAGUCAAACGCUCAAAUAAUCUUCGCUUUAUAGAUAUCCGGGAAUGCUCUAACAUAACGUUUAAAGGACUGACAGAAGUUGCAAAACAUUGUCCACUUUUGGAAUCUCUUAAAUUUGGAAACUCUACCUUCAUAAUAAACGACAGACUUAAUUUCAGCAUCCAGUCCUUAGCUGAGGGAUGCCCGAAACUUAAAUCCAUUACGUUUGUUGGAAUAAAGUUAAUUCUCGAUGAUGAACUGGUUUGUUUAAUCAAGGCUACCAAGUAUUUAGAAUGUCUAACCUUGUCUGAAAGCGAGACAACCAGUGAUAUACCACUUUAUGCUUUGGGAAAAUAUUGCUCAAAUCUAAAGCAAAUCACUUUUAGGAACUGUCAUAAAAUUUCUGCGGAUGGCAUAAUGUACAUUGUUAAGCACAGUCGAAGGCUUCAGACAUUGAAAAUAAAAAGUUGUGGAGGUAUUGGUGAUUACAGCAAUAAUUCAAAAAUAGGAACAAAUGAUAAAACUACUGGUGUUGUCGUUGACGAUGGUAAUACCGGUUUCAGACAGGAGACGAAACUGCAAAACGAUAGCGAGAGAAACGAUUUGUUACGUUACAGUGACUCGAGUUAUCAACACUCACAUUUGCUUAGUCUCGAUAUGACACAAUGUGCCAAUAUUUUACCAAGGACAAUUCUUGCUAUUGCUAAAAUGUGUCCUGAUAUUAGAGAACUUUAUCUAACAUGUGAUUUCCUUAAAUCAAAUGAAGUUGAAGAAUUAACUAGAGAAAUAUUUGACACUUGUAUGUUUUUAGGGAGUAUAAACAUAAAUGAACGGGUUAUCGAAUUGUCCUCAAUUCAAACGCAAGACUAAAGACUUGUAUUAGUAUUACUUAAUAAAUCAAUUAUAAUUAGGGUCUUCAUUACAAAAUUGAUGGCACACGCUAGUAAGAACAGUCGACGAUUAUAGAAAGGAACCUAAUCUGCCCUGUUUUAAAUGACCAUUUGGUAAUACACUGACAGGUGUAUGUAUUUGUAAAACUGGGACAUGGUUUUCUGUUGAAUCUGCAGAAAAUAGGACAAUUUGCUCUGUAUUUUCAAAAGUAAAUAGAUUUAAUUUAGCUCUGAUCUUUUCAGAGUUAUAAGUGGCUGUUUUCACCAUGUGAUUGCGUCAUAUAUUUAUAUGUACUAAAAAGUACAACACAGAGCUGUGUCCACAGUCUCUUUUAAUAAAAUACACAACUGUC